CUGCAUCGCCGGCCAUCCGUCCGUCUGUGGGUUCGGCGCGGCCCUGUCGCCGGGUGGGAAGAGGCCUUGGCACCGCCAGGCGGGGAACCCUCGGCGUCGGACUCCGCGCUGGCGCCGCAGUGGCGAGCGCGCACGGGCCGGGCCUACUGGCCGCUCGAGCUGCUACGGAGUGCGCCCAGGGCCAGUCGGCGGCCCGGGCCGGGUUUGCUGCCAUGCGGACGGUGGACUUGGGAUGACGCACGCCGUUUUCCCGGCACUCCCUGGCCGGCGGGUCGCUUGUUAGCGGCUUUGGUAGCGGAAAGGGCCGCCGCGGUCUUGCCUUCGAGGUGCCAGGGAGCAGAGACGCUUGCUGAAGAUGUUUGUUGGGCAUCAUGGCUGCCCUCCGGCCUCUGGUGAAGCCCAAGAUCGUCAAAAAGAGGACCAAGAAGUUCAUCCGGCACCAGUCAGACCGAUAUGUCAAAAUUAAGCGAAACUGGCGGAAACCCAGAGGUAUCGAUAACAGGGUGCGGAGAAGAUUCAAAGGCCAGAUCCUCAUGCCUAACAUUGGUUACGGGAGCAACAAGAAAACCAAGCACAUGCUGCCUAGCGGCUUCCGGAAGUUUCUGGUCCACAAUGUCAAGGAGCUGGAAGUGCUGCUGAUGUGCAACAAAUCUUACUGUGCUGAGAUUGCUCACAACGUUUCCUCCAAGAACCGAAAAGCCAUCGUGGAAAGAGCAGCACAGCUGGCCAUCAGAGUCACCAACCCCAACGCCAGGCUUCGCAGCGAAGAAAACGAGUAGAUGGCUUGCCUCUGUGCUUUAUUUGUGUUUAAAUAAAACCACAAAAACUGCCGCCUUGGCAUUUUCUGCCUUUUUGGA